AUGACCGUCACCCCGCCCCGUCGCCCCUGCUCGCCUGGCAUUGACCUGGCGCGUGCCCACGCGCGCCCGACCACCCGCUGCACGCUCGUCGCCCGCGCACCGCGACCUCCGCCCGCACCCGCGCUCGAAGCUGGCUCCGCUGUGGCCUCCCCCGCCGCUGCACCCGCCUCCACCUGGCCGCGCCGGCUCUGCCCGGCCGCGCCCGCGCUUUGCUGGAGCGUUCUAGCACUCGCGCCCGCCAACCUCCCUGUGUGCGCUCGCUCCCCUCGCCCUGCCCCCGUCGUUCCGCUGCGCCCGUCGCCGCCUGCACGUGCGGCCACUGCGCCUCGCCCGUCCGCCCCGGCCUCCUGCGACGCGCUGUCGCUCGCCGGCGCACGCACGCCCACGGCUCCGGUCCCCUCCGCCCCGCCGCCCUGUUCCGGCCGGCGCUCCUCCGGCCUCCCUCCCUCUCUCCCCUUGUUCUCUGUCACCGGCGCCGUCCACUCGCGCGCGCAUGACCGUAGCCCCGCCCCGUCGCCCCUGCUCGCCUGGCAUCGACCUGGCGCGUGCCCACGCGCGCCCGACCACCCGCUGCACGCUCGUCAACCGCGCACCGUGUCCUCCGCCCGCACCCGCGCCCGAAGCUGGCUCCGCCGUGGCCUCCCCCGCCGCUGCACCCGCCUCCACCUGGCCGCGCCGCCUCCGCCCAGCCGCGCCCGCGCUCUGCCGGAGCGUGCUGGCACCCGCGCCCGCCAACCUCCCUGUGCGCGCUCGCUCCCCUCGCCAUGCCCCCGUCGUUCCGCUGCGCCCGUCGCCGCCUGCACGUGCGGCCACCGCGCCUCGCCCGUCCGCCCCGGCCUCCUGCGCCGCACUGUCGCUCGCCGGCGCAGGCACGCCCACGGCUCCGGUCCCCUCCGCCCCGCCGCCCUGUUCCGGUCGGCGCUCGUGCGGCCCUUGGCCGCCGGCGCCCGCACCCGGCUCUGCCGCGUCACCUGGGCUGGUUACACCCGCACCCCGGGGCUCCGCCCCGUUUCACCAGCGCCCACACCUGCUACGCCCAACACCCGUUAG